UUGUGUAUAUUUUCAAAUACAUGCCUCUGUGCAACCAAUUAGACAUUGGUGUGAGUGUGUGCGUAUAAAAGAGUGUGCGUGGUGUGUGUGUGUGAGUGUGUGAGUGGGGUACGGGCUCCCGGCUGCCACAGCAAAACCAGCCCAUGGCCCAUUCCUUGUCCGUCAGUCGCCAGCGCCACGAGGAACGCGGGAAACGCGGCCCACGAAACCCCCCCGGGAUAAAUAUUUAGAAAAAGAUUUUCCGAAUCGGGCAUCGAAAAGUGAAAAUUGAAAAUCUCCGAGAGAUCUCCGACGAAAGAGCGAAAGUUGAGAGUUGAAACGCAAUUUAAUUUGGCAAACAAAACAACACCAAGAAAAAAACAUUCGAAAAACAACCAAAUGACAUAGAACGGAUCGCAGACCGCAGAAUAUUACGAUCUAUACGCGAAUUUUAUUGUGCUGCAAGGGGCCGGACGCGUGCCAGGCACUGGGGCGUUGGACGCCGGCGUCGCAGUCGCAGUCGACGCUGACGACGUGUUUUUUAAUAUUAUUUUUCCUCGUUUUUCACUUUCCCAUGUUUUGCCGGCUGUCGGUCGUGUCGUCGUGGGCUUGUUGCCGGCGGAUCCGCUCCGAGCGGUUUCAGUUCUAGUUGGGUUUCUGGCGACGAGUGACACACCGAGUCAGAGGCAAAGGCAAAGGCAAAGCCAAAGGCAUAACCAGAGAUAGAAACAGAAACAGAGACAGAGAAAAAUACUAGAAGAAAGAAUCCACGACAACGACAACGACAACAACGAAAUAGGAAAUAGCAAUAGGAAUAGGAAUAGGAACAACAAAAUAUAGUUGUAGAUUUCGCUGAUUGAGGAAAACACACAGAUACGAUUCACACACACACAUACACAGAUACAUUUAUUAAGAGAAUCCAAUUGCAUUACUAGUCGAGUGAUCGGGAGGCGUGAGACGUGACGAAGACGAUGCCCAAUAAUCGCAAUCGCAAUCGUAAUCGCAAUCGCAACAAACGCAAUCGAAACCAAAACCAAAACCAAAAUCAAAACCAGCAGCAGCAGGAACAACGGGAGGAGGAGCAGCAGCAGGAUCCCCAGCCAGAGGCAGAGGCAUCAUCUUCUUCCAUAGCUGAUAAUGGAAAUUCUGGCAGCGUUUCAAAUGAAUUGGACACGGGCACCGCCACCAACAAAGUUGCUGUGGAUCCGCAGCUAGGAGAGUGGGAAGAGCCACCGAAAGCAGCAGCAGCAGCAGCAGUAGAAGAAGAAGAAAAGGAAUCCACAAAUCACGUAGCGAAAGACGAGACGGAAGAAAAAGAACCAUCUACGAGCAGCAACCAAACAGAGAUGGGGUCCAAAAACUCCAAGCAUCAGACGGAUAAAUCCGGCAAGCAAUCCAGCAAUGAGUCGGAGAAGCACAAAAAGGAGUUGGAGCAGCAGGAGGUGCCUCCGUUAAAGGCACCGGGAAGUCCCCGACAAGCCAAGGUCAUAGUGCAUCGCAUUGUGCGGGAAGCGGAUGAGACAGAUGGGGCAGAGCAGCCAAAAGGGGAAUCCCCCAUUCAGGAUCAAUCACAGGAUCAGCAGCAGUCAAACACUAGUCAAGAUCUGAAAGAAGAUGUCGCACAACGCAAUGAAGAAGUCCCUGUUCCUCAUGUUGCCCCACAUCCUCAGGGGCCGCCGCUGCAGCGCAGCACAAAAGUGAUCAUCCACCAGAUACGCCUGGAAAGGGACGAUCACGCGGCCGAUCAAGAGCGUAAAGGUAAGCCCACCUUUGAGGAGAUCAGCACCACCUCACCAGCACCCCCCGGUUCGCUGAGCCUCAGCCAAGGACCAGGAUCAGGCACUCUGUCGCCGCCGCCGCGCUAUCUGGUAGAGUCGCCCAAGAACGUGUCCGGCGCCGUGGGACAGUUCACGCACUUCGCCCGCGACGUGCAGAUCCAGGAGCUGGAGCUGACCAGCGACUGCAGCUCCGGGGAGUUCAAUGUACUGGCCUCGCCGCUUGUGUGCGAGGCGGACUCCGAAACGGAGGCAGCACCGGCCACGCCCACGUCAACAUCCCCGCCGGAUUUGCAGCCGUCCAGCCGCGCCGAGCAACAAGAACAGCUGCGGCAGAAGCGCGCCCAGAAACGGAACGCCCUGGAGACGCACUUCCUGCCGCAGCUGAUGCACCCGCGCUACCUGGACAGCAUCCUGGAGGAGAACAGCGAUCUGGCAGGUGUCGGGCAUCCCGGCCUAAAUCGCAGCAGCUCCUCCGGAAACGAUCUGGCGGGGAUGCGCGUUCCGAAGGUGACCGAAACGUUCCCCAAGAGCCAGCUGGACUUUAGCCGUCGGCACAAGCGCAGGGAGGAGCCGGUGGCCCUCAUGCUGGAGACGAAGCUGAUCGAAGAGGCCAGCGACCUCGAGAGCUGCACUAGACUGCAGAGCGCACUGUCGCCCCAGUCGGAGGACGCGGAAUUGGUGUACCUCAGCUCCUCGGCCUCCAGCAGCAUGUCCGAUCUGAUGGAGCUCGAGCUGGAGCAGGCCGCCGCUCUGGCUGAGCGCGCCCUCGUCGACCUGGACACGGAUGCCAGCAAACUGUUCCGACGGCCCGACGACGAGAUGAGCAGCACGACCACCACGGAUCCGGCCACGUCAUCGAACGAGACGGAAACGGAGGGCGAACUGGAGACGGAAACGGAAACGGAGAGGGACGCGGAGAGUCGCGAGAGCACACCUGUUAACCAAUUCGUGGGCAACGCGGGAGCGGAAGCAGGAGCGUCGGCUAGCAGCUCGUUGUCUUCUCUUUUGAGUGCGGCAACGCCGACGCCCACAGCAGAGCAGCCAACGAGAGCAGAAGAUACAUUUGUAUCUUUCGGAUCGAUUCGCGAACAGGCCCCAGAAGCCAGCGGCGGCAGUAUCGGUGCAGCGUCAGCGCUGUCGGCCACGCGAGAGGAGUUCGUUCGCAAUAUGGAAAAAGUGCGCGAGUUGAUCGAGAUGACGCGACGCGAGCAGGAGCACGAGGAGACCAGAGAUGGAGUCGUGUCCGCUCCGACUGCUCCGGAGCAGUCCGGUAUGCCACGUUCGCCAUCGCCCCCGCCCAUUCCGCCGCCACCCGCUGGCCUACAGCACUACAAUCCCACCACCAGUCCCGACCACCCCCACACAGUGUCCUCCGGUGCCUUGGCGCCUCUCCUGCUUAGCCGCCAGGAGUCCGCGGAGUCGCACUGCUCGGACAGCACCCAGCACAGCCAGUGCACGGCCAUCAAUCUGGCCUCGCCCCCGCCCAGCUUUGCUAGCAGCAGUCCCCCGCCACAGCCACAGACACAGCCACAGAAACAGCCACAGCCACCCACACCGCCCCUCAGACAACAACAGUACCAUGCACCAAAAUACCCUGUUCCUCUUUCCGCUCCUGCACCUGCUCCUGCUUUCACCUGCACCCACCCAGAACCCCCCACCGAGCAGCAGCAGCAGCAAGAGUCAGAGAUUUCAGUUGCAGAUGACGAACCGGAACCGGAAUCGGAAUCGGAAUCGGAUCCCAUAAAGAAGCUUCGCCUGCUGUGCACCGAGACCUUGGCGUCUAUGCCGUAUGGCGAGCAGGUGCUCGAGGAACUAGCCAGCGUGGCCCAGGACAUAGCGGAGCCAGGAGCGCAGCCGCACAACUCCACCACGAUGCCCUAUCCCCUGCCAGAGAUGCCCCACAUUCGGGAGCUGCAGCUGUCCACCAAACACGAGAACAAGUCGUCGUCGUCGUCGUCGUUCUCCUCUUCCGCCUGGCUGGGCAUGCCCACACAGGCGGAUCCCAAGCUGCUGGUAUGCCUGUCGCCGGCACAGCGUCCACUGGUCGGAGAGACCAAGCCCGAUCAGCUGCUGGACGACCAUCAGAAGUUCGUGGAGCGACGAGGCUACCACGAGCUGAGCAGCGCCCAAGUGCGUGCCCUCGACAGCGAGCAGGAGCAACAGCAGCAGCAGAAGCAGAGCGAGAUGCUCAAGACGGCGGCCAUGAUGCGAGAGUUGCGCAAGAGCCUGACACCCACGCCGCCGCCAGUGCCAGUGAAGAGCGCCGAAACAGCGGCCAAGGCGAGCGCCAAGAGAGAUGACGCAAGCGACCCGAAGAAGAACGCAGCAUCAGUGGGAGCAUCGUCAUCGAUUGAAAAUAAACCAAGGCGAGCAGCUGAUCCCAUCGAGCAGCAAUCGACAGAGCAGCAAGAGCAGCAAGAGCAGCACCAGCAGCAGCAGACCAGAUCCAGCCACCAGAUGAACAGCAGCACGGACUUCAGAUUCCCGGCCACCUCAAUGGGCGGAAUGGAGAGCGAGCUGGCCAGGAUGUUCCCCAGCAUGGCCCAGCAGCAGGGCGACAUCUUUGAGGAGCAGCGCAAGCGCUUCUCCAACAUCGAGACGUCCAACAGCCAGCAGCCAAGGGCGCAGCAGAGCAAGCGGUACUCGAACAUCGAGACCAGCUCGUACGAGUCGAAGAAGCGCACGGAGAACGGUCAGGUGAUCUACGACAUAACGAAUUCCAGCCACGAGAAGCAGAGCAACCGCUUCCCGGUAGCGGAGACAGAGGCCAGGUCGGGUUCCCCCGACCACGCCCCGCCGCCACCCGUCCCACCGCCGCCAAUUAUGUCAGCAACGAAAUUAAACGGUUCGACUACGGCAAACACUUUCAUUGAGGAUGAUGACGCGCCCAAAAAUAGCCGGCAAGAGCCGGAUAGGCGAGAGAAUGGCGCGAGAAAUCGCGAGAGUGGCACUGCCUCUACCUCCACCUUUGGCGGCACGUAUGAGGAAUUUCGGCAGCGUGCCAAGGCAGCCGUGGAUGCCAUUGGAGGACCCCGACCACCACCCCCCGCCCCGGCCAACGGGUUGGACAAUGAGAAGGUGUUCAAGGACUUCGAUCGGCUCUCGCAGCAGAUGAACGCCGAGCUGCAGUCCACGAGGGAGCGGCGCGAGAAGUCCGCCUCGCUCUUCGAUCUCAGCGGGAUGACCAGGAGCCAGGGGAAGCAUCCGCUGGAGGAGUUGAAGCAGCGGCGGCACGCCCACAUGCAGGAGCUUGAGCGGGAGAUCGAGCGGUCUUCCCGAUCGCGGCAGGAGCGCAUGUCCUCGGUGCCACGCAACAUGGAGAGCACACCCACGUCCAGGACCUACGAGAUUCCCAUCGAACUGGAGCUGGAGCAGGGGCAGGAGCAGCGUUCCCGGCGCGCCGAAUCCAUGUGCAACCUGAGCGAGCCACGCCCACGGCCACACACCUCCGUGGGGCACUACAACUACAGCAACAACAACAGCAGCUUGUCGCAGGACGACUGGGCGCGUUAUGCCAGCGAUCUGGGAUACUCGGAGAACAUCGCGCGACCCUUUGCCCGCGAGGUGGAGAUCUGCUACCAGCGUCAGGGACAGAAUCCGACUCCCAGGCAAUCGCAGCCCAUCCGGGCGCCACGCCUCUCUGCCAGCACCAACGACCUGAGCAGCAGUGGCCACCAGCACAGCUUCGAUAGCCACAACGCGUACGGCGGCCGGAGGACGCACGCGCCCAUGCUUAGCCAGGCGCCACAGCAGCAGCGGCCCCACUACGCCAGCUGCUACUCGAUGAUCGAGCGAGAUCCGAAUCCGAAGUACAUCAGCACCACCUCCAGGCGAGGCGUGAGCCCGGGCCCAGCUCCAUCGCCAGUCAUAGGCGUACCGCCGCCAGCCUAUGAUCGCCAGCAGAGGCGAUCCUCGCUGCCGCGUGAGCUGCACGAGCAGCAGCUCAAGUACAUCCUGUCCAAGGAGGAGGAACUGCGCCUGGAGGUGGAGCGGCUGCAGCUGGAGCGCCGUCGCCUGAUGGAGGAGAUGCAGCGGGCGCCCAUAUUGCCGCCGCCACAGCGACGGGAGAGCUAUCGGCCGGCGGCCAAGCUGCCGACGCUCAGCGAGGACGAGGUGUUCCGCCAGCAGAUGGCCGAGGAGUGGAUGAACAAGGUGGCCGAGCGUGAGGAGCGGCGCCAGCACAAGAUCAUCAAGAUCUCCAAGAUCGAGGACGAGCAGGACCAUGCCACAGAGCGGGCCAACAUAAGCGACGAGUUCCUCAGCGCCGUCAAGGAGCGACGCCACAAGCUGGCCAUGCCGGCGGACAGUGACUGGGAAAGCGGGGCCGAAUCGCAGCCCCAGGCCAACCCCCAGGUGGGCGUGGCCGCCAACGAGUCGUCGUCGGAUGUGGAGGCAGCGCCCGUGCGCAUCCUCGAGGGCCAGGCGGAGGCCAGUCUGCGACAGCUUCCGAGGCAUCUGCGCGAAUUUGCCAAGUUCUCGACUAGCGAACAGAUGCCGGAUGGGGCACAGGUGGAGCGGCACGAGCAGCAGGAGCGGCGCGAGGAGGCCACGGACCACUCGCACAGCAGUGCCAGCCAGAAGACCAGCAUCGUGAAGACGUACAAGGUGUCGCGUCUGCCGCCUUCCGUGCAGGACAGAGGAGCAACAGCCACUGCAACAGCAACAGCAACAGCAGCAACUGGCACAGAGACUGGACCGGCCAUGAGUGUAAGGCUGCGACCACGACCGCCCAAGCAGACGCGCUUCCUCCUCAAUCCGCAGCAGCUGCAGCGUCAGAGGCAACGACGCAGCUGGUCCGAGAGCGAUCUGCUCAAGGAGAUCGACAGCGAACUGCAGCUGGCCAAGGGCUUCCUCUACGCGAAUGUCUACAAAGUCAAGCACGAGUAUAUGAGCGAACCGGAAACGGACCACGAUCGUCCGCGCAAAAUGGCACAGUUAGGUCGGAGGCAGUACGAUGGCAUCGGUCCGGUGACCAACGAUGGAAUGCCCAUCAUACUCAGAUCGGAGGUCCAGGAGCCGCAUCAGCAUGAGUGGUACAAGCGCCUCUAUCAGACCAUACACAAGCAGAAGAACGGCGACGAUUUCGUGAUACGCUACAAGUGUCCCAGAGCCCGUCCGUCGUACAAGAGCAACGGUUACGUAUCAGAGCCCGAACCCAACUACGACUCCGACUACUCCACGGUGAGGUACCGCACACAGAAUCCGCAUCGAGUGCAGUCAGUCUCCUCGGCCGUCAAUGUGCGAAACCUGAGCCAGGACGAGAAGUUGUAUGGUACUAUGCCAAAUCCCAUCAAGUCGGCUCAGAAUUCGUAUAAAAAUCAGCCAGGUCGCAUCGAGGACUACACCACAGGACAUUCGUCUGUGUCCGAAAAGGAGAAGAAGGAGUGGUGGGACGAAGUGAUGGACAUCUUUAACGGGUGGCUUAGGGAUCAUACGCGCAUACCGCGCAUUAUAAUAGAGUUUGUCGAUGAUUUCGAUGGAAUCGGAAAUCUAGAACAAUCGAAGCUAUCUCCACUCUACACAGAAGGCAACUUGUCCAGAGCUCUGGCCAAGGAAUCCGGCUACACCAGCGACUCCAACCUAGUCUUCCGCAAGAAGGAGCUGCCCGUCAGCAGUCCCCUCAGCCCCGUGGAGCAGCGACAGGCCUACAAGAGUCUACAGGCAGGCGGAGAACCGCCCCUUUUCGGCUUCCGCAAGCCAGCGCCCGAGAGGCCCAGAGAAAUUGUGGAGGAAUUCGAAUUCAUACAGAUCACUCCGACCCUCACCAAGAUACGUGUGAGCACCAAGGAGCUUAAAGAGGAAGAGGACGAGUACGAGCCCACUGUGCCCAGUCCAGUAAUAACACAACCGCCACCACCACCUCCUCCUCCCCCACCACCGCCGCCGCCACCGCCGCCCCUGCCAGCGCCAGCAACAAGUCACAAAAGAAGCAACCCCAAGAUGUUCUCGCAGCUGUCGAAGAAUCUGCCCUCGUUCAUUCCGCUGAGCAAGAAGCAGCAGCUGCAGCAGGAUCAGGCACCUGCCCCGAUGCCACCCAACCGCAGGUCCUCCUGCACCAAGAGCACGGUGCGUGUGUCGAGCUCCACCAAGUCCCGUCACGAGCAGUGCUUCCAGCCCCCGGGCGGAGGAACCAUCACCCUGAGGAAGGUCGCCUCGUCGACGAGCACUCGUCGCGAGCCCAUCUCUCGGUCGAAGAGCGCGGGUGCCGUAUCCACCUUGCUGGCCACCCUCACGGCCACCAAGGAGACGCGCCACAAGGACGGCGGCGCAUGUCGCGUCACCCGCGUCCAGCAGCAGUCUCGUCUCCGUUCCGUGAGUCCCAGUCGCCGUCCGACGGGCCGUCUUUUGGCCCUGCGACAAUCGAGUCGCAGUCCGGUGGCCUUCGGCCGGAGCAUCUCCAAGGAGCGCAGCUUUGCCGAGGAGAAGAAGCGGCUGGAGAACACGCUGCCCCCCAGCCGGACCAACUUUGAGGCCAGCACCAACAUCCUGCGGGACCCCUUCCUCAAGUCCCCCCAGGAGGUGCGCGAGGCGGUGCGCUCCUAUGCCACCUGCAAGGCGCAGCACACGCGCAGCAAAUCCCUUCCCAGGCUGCGCCAGAGCACCGUGAGCACCACCACCCGACAGACGAUGUGCUUCCCCAAGGUGCGCCCCCAGACCCUCAUCGACUGCGGUCGCUCUCUGCGAAAGGUGCUGCCCAAGAAUCAGGCGAAGAACGCCUCCAACGACAGCCUGCCGCGCAGCAACUCCACCUUCUCCAUCGACUCGAUGGUGCGCCAGGAGUACGUGCCGAUUGCCCCGCCCAAGAUCUAUGUGGGCAAGGCGAGGCCCAGCCCCAAGUCCAAGUCGCUGGUCCCGCUGCAGAGCAGCCGCAGCGAGGGUCAUGUGCCGCGCAAGCGUCAGGUAGGAAAACCACCCGCCUCCAGCAACAGCAAGGCGAAGCAUCCUCCAGUGUCCGUGCAGUCGUACAGCGAUACGGUGCGCGAGAAGACCAACUUCUGGAACGACUACAACGCCAAGCAGUCCGUCUCCAUGUCCAUGUCGAUGUCCCUGCCCCAGCAGACCGCGUCCAGUGCCACGGAGUACAAGUACUGCUCCCUGGAGCCGGAGGAUGUCUACGACUAUGCUGGGACCGUGCAGGAUCAGGCCCCAAGCAGCUGCAUCGAGGAUCUGGUGUGGAAGUACGAGAACAAGGAUCGUGAUCGCGAUCGCCAUGCCAAGCCAUGCCAGACGGUCACGGACAUUGCCCGGCCUCAGUCGCCCCAGCCGGACUACGAGAAGUCCCUGGAGCGACGUUUCUCGCCCACACGGGAGGUUCGCGUGCCCCAGAACCAGAGGGAGGUGCGCUCCCCCUCGCGUCGUCGCAUCGAUAGCCUGAGAUCGAGCCAGCGGCAGGACAGGGAGCAGGCCAUCGCGCGGGCCAGCAGCCUGAGCAGCGCCGAUGAUCGCAGCAAGCGGUCUGCCGCGGCUCCGGGAAGUCUCUACCAGUGCGGAGAUCUCGCCCACAGCGCCACAUCAUUGACGUAUCUGGAGCGGCACAGUCCCAGCUGCCGGUACCGCAACAACUGCGAGCGUUUUACGGAUCUGAACCGAUUCUACAGCACCCUGGAGCGGGUGGGCCAGCUGGAGAGGGCCACGUCCUCGAGCAGCUUCCAUCCCCUGCGCAAGGAUGCGGAGCUGCUGGCCUUUGACGAGUGGCGCAAGGUGCGGCUGCACGAGCGGGCCGAGAAGGAGCUGCAGUAUCUGGUGGGCAAGCUGCAGCACGACCAGCGGGAGCGUGACCUGCACUUCCGCUCCAAGGACGUGGGCGAAAUCAAGUGGCGUCAGGAGACGGAGCAGGCCCUCAGUGCCAAGAAGAAGUCCGUGGAGGAUCUGCGCGAGAACUUUGAGCAGCUGAAUCUGUUCAGGCAGCGCCAUCAGGACUGCCAGCUGCAGCCGGUGCAGCGCCAAUGGCGACGAAACACUGUGGCGGAUCUGGCCAGCAGCCUGGAGCAUCGAGCAGCGAUGGUAACAGACGCCACCACUGAGUUGGACCGUCACCUGGGCAACGACCUGGUCAGCACUCUGUCCAAGGAUCAGAUCAAGAAGAUCACCCAGCAGCUGAACGAGAUCUAUGCGGGCAACCGCAAGGGCGCCGCAGCCGUCGACGAGCAGUACGUGGUCACCGUGGAGAAGGGCUCGAAGCCGGUCGCGGGCGCCCAUGCCAACACAUUGAAGGUGCGCUGCAAUUCGAACAUCUCCAAGGAGCAGCUGCUCGGACCGGUUCUGCGCAAGCGCGAGGAGCAUCAGCAGCCGCAGACUCUGCCACGCCCCACGCGCAGUCAGUCGCCCGUGGUGGUGGCCAGGGAGACGCGCGGGGCCAUUGCGGCCAAGAAUGCCGAACUCACGCUGACCAGGGCCCCCGAUGUGCCGCCCCGGCCGAAGCCCAGCGAGGUCAAGGGCCAGGCCAAGACUUGUGCUGCCCCGCCGAAAGUGGAGCAGGAGCCCGCCGAGAAUAUCAACCAGAAGAUACAGUACUUCGAGGACCGGCAGUUCGAGGAGCCGGCCAAGACCAUCUACCACGCUCGCGAGGACUCCUCGCCCGACGAGGCCGAGGUGAUGCGCCUCAUCGAGCACAACAUGCAGGCGCGCCAGAAGGCCAGAAACACUCAGGUGCUGACCCACACGGAGCUGAGCAACUCGCUGACGGAUCUGAGCGGCGUUUACGGGGAGCGACCUGCAGCACGGGUAAAUUUUCACUUGCACAGCCCCCCGCUGCGGCCACCCGACGACACGGCAGAGGCAGAGGCAGAGCUUCUCAGCUUCGAGAAUGGUUCGCCCGGGCCAGGAGAUGCCAGCCUUGAGCUGUACGACAGCCAGUCGUACUACCGCUCGCGCAGCCUCUCGCCCCAGUCGCAGGUGUCGGCCUGCUCGAGCUCCUACCUGCAGCGGGUCUACACCGGCGAGGUGCAGAAGAUGCGACAGCACUUCGAGGGCAUCCACCGGGGGGCGGAGACGGAGCAGCAGUCCAACGAACAGUGCAGCGAUUUUUUUGGGCUUAGCCCGCUGCGGAAGGCGCGCAGCGAUCCCGAAUUUGGUGCGGGAUCAAAAGACGCCUCGGGCACCGCUACGGAGGCGGAGCCGCAGAAGGAAUCAUCGCUUGCGCCAGGAAAACAACACCUGGCAGACGACGUCAGUCGAAUGACGACCCACAAGAUUGACCUACGCGGGGCCACACCCUCGCCUGAACGCGGUCGAAGGCGUCAGCGCAGUGCCCAGGAUCGACUCAUGCCGCACAUCGAUGUCAUCAGCAAGACGGCGGCGCUCAAACGGGAGCUCCAGCGGCAGCCCAAGCCGGCUCGGAGCCCUCUGCGCAGCCUCAGCAGCAGCAGCAACUACAUCGAGCGGCUGCGCAUGCGCUACGAGUCGCCAGACCCCGCUGAGUCGCAAGCGCGAACAAUAAGCUAUCUGUCCACGUCGCAUCCGGAUCUGAGGGACGUGCACGACAUCUCGCCCCACCUAUGUGCCGACUGGGUGGCCCACAAACACCCCCAGCCCACAGACCAGCCACGGCUGAGGCUGCCAAAGGCUCUGCCCAAGAAGCCCCAACGGGUGGUCCCACGCGCCAGCUCCACCUCGCCGCCCCGUCCGCCCAAGUCGCCGCGUCACCAGCAGAGCUGCCAGCUGACCAGCUCCCUGCGCGACGACUAUGACGACAUCUUUGCCAAUCAGAAAUUCGAUCCGAGGAUGCAUCGCCCCAAGGCACGCUAUGUGCCCGAUGGCGCUGAGCCGACGAGGAGCGCCACCGGCGCUGCUACUGGGGGUGCCACCUUGGAGCGCCUCAAGAAGACGAUGGCGGUAACGUUCAAAGACGUCAACAUUCACUUCAAGACACCGAUAAGGCAUGAGCAGAAGCAGCACAUACCGGAGGAGGAACUAGCCACACGCCAAGCGGAGCAUAUGCAGAAGCUGUACCACGAGGAGCGACGCCGCAAGUAUCUACAGGAGCUGCAGGACAUGAACUCUCGACGCCACACGGACAACUUCACGCCCUCGCAGAAGUCCCCGAUCGCCCUAAACCGCUACGAUGACUUCCCCACCGACGUGACGCUCAAGUCGCUGGUGGGUCCCAAAACCGUUGCCCGGGCCCUCUACAACUUCCAGGGACAGAGCUCCAAAGAGCUCUCCUUCCGCAAGGGCGACACCAUCUACAUAAGGCGGCAGAUCGAUCCCAAUUGGUAUGAGGGUGAGCACAAUGCGAUGAUCGGGUUGCUGCCAGCGAGCUAUGUGGAGAUUGUUAGCCGCGAUGGCGCCCGCACUCCGUCCAAGCGGCCAUCGGAGGGCCAGGCUCGUGCCAAAUACAAUUUCCAGGCCCAGUCGGGCGUAGAGCUAUCUCUGAACAAGGGAGAGCUGGUCACGCUGACGCGUAGGGUGGAUGGAAACUGGUUCGAGGGCAAGAUCGCCAACAGGAAGGGCAUAUUCCCAGUGUCCUAUGUGGAGGUGCUCACGGACAUUGGAGCCGAGGAUAUCGCGGCCAGAACAACGACCGUGAUCAGCAGCCAGAGCACCACAAAUCUGCGGCCCAAUCUGGAUGUGCUGCGCACAAACAUCAACAAUGAGUUCAACACGCUGACCCAGAACGGAGCCCAGCCCGUGAACGGAAUCCUGAAAGAAACGCGGACGCUGCACAAGACGGACGCACUCCACGUGGACACCAGCUCCGAGCCACUGGCCUAUCGCGCCCUGUACAAGUACCGGCCACAGAACUCCGAUGAACUGGAGCUGCUGGAGGGGGAUUUGGUGCACGUGCUGGAGAAGUGCGACGACGGAUGGUUCGUGGGCACCUCGCAGCGCACCGGCUGCUUUGGCACAUUCCCCGGCAACUAUGUGGAACGCGCCUAAGGCGGAGCCAUUGAGCCAUCGAGGCAUCCUGGCAGGACAGGUGUGGGACACCCGAAAACGCGUACCAAAAUACCCAAAAAAUCGUUCACCUCUAAUAUUAAUGAAUUUGUAGUCUAAUACUGAGAAUAAUGUGAAAUAACCGAGGCCCUACCCGGCCAGGCCAGGCCAGUGCAGCUGGAAACAGGACACAGGCAGUUAUAAGAUUAAUUCUGAUUUAAUUUAACUGGAUUACUUUAUGUUGUUGUUGAAUUCUUCUUAUUCCCCUAAUUCUGUUCUGCUGCUUGCGUUGCCGUAACAUAAAACUAUUUUUUUUUUUUUUUUUUUAAAUAGAGCAUUAAUUUUAUCAAUGUUGGAAUUAUGUUUAUUUAUACUCGCAAAAGUGAGCACACCACACACUUUUAACCAGAAGUUUGCCCCAAACACCGCCACCACCAACAGCACCACAACCACCUCUCCACAAUCCCGAUAUCAAAGAGAACUAAAUUAAGAUCAUACAUACAUAUACUAUAUACUUUUGUUGUUUACCUACUAAUUUUAACUAGUCACAGCUAAUUUCCAAAAAGAAAACCAAUACACAAUGAUGGAGAACCGUUGAACAAAAAAAGUGCCUUAAAAUUUCAAUUUUAAUGACUAAAAAAUAAAUUAAAUUAAACAAAAGAAAGAUGGAAAAUAAAACAAAGAAAAGCUGAAAAGUGCUAUGAACCAAGUGCCUCUGUUGAGUCGAUGAAAAUGAGUUAAAUACUCAUUCUACGAGAUCGUAAAACCAUAAUAUUCUCAAGCCGAUCCAACAGAAAAAAAAUCAUUUUUUAAUCAUUACAAACGAGAGUUUAUUACACAGACACUGUUGCAAACGUAUUUAGUAAAUAAAUCAACAAAAAAAAACCCAACCGACAA